AACACGUCGUUGGCUGCAGCUUCCUGGAAAGUCGUGUCGCGCACGCCUGGCUGCUUUCCUGCCAGUGGUCCUGUCGGCGACCUGGAGGACGGUGUGCGUAGGUAAUCGUGCUCUGGCUGUAGGCGCGACGGAAGAUGUCCGGGGUGUCCCCACGCAGAGGUCUACGUGCCGUUGGGUGCCGGGAAGGCCAGACAAGAGGAACAGAAAUGGAUAGAAGCAGCUGGCAGAGAAGACACCAACAGAACCCAGCAGGCAGACAGCUUGAUUCUAGUGAGAGGUGUGUCACAGGGACACCAAAGAACCCGCAGGAUUCUAGCCACCAUGAUGCUGAUUCCCCGUCAACCUCAUCCAGCACAGCUGGAGAUUCUUCCGUGCCAGAUCUACCAGGGUUUUACUUCGACCCUGAAAAGAACCGCUAUUUCCGCUUGCUUCCUGGUCAUAACAACUGCAACCCCCUCACGAAGGAAAGCAUCCAGUAUAAGAAAAUGGAGGGUAGAAGACUACAGCUGCUGGACCAAGAGGACAAGCAGAAGAAGAAAGUAACCAGAAUGGGAUUUAACAUGUCUUCUAUCCUACAAAAAAAACAGCUGGGUUUUCUCAACAUCACCAGUUAUUGCCGUUUAUCCCAUGAGCUGCGAGUGAGCUGCAUGGAGAGGAAAAAGGUUGAGAUUCAGAGCUCAGAUCCUUCUGCUUUGUCAAGUGACCGGUUUAACUUCAUUCUGGCAGAUACUAGCAGUGACCGCCUGUUCACAGUGAAUGAUGUCAAAAUUGGAGGCUCCAAGUACGGUAUCAUCGACCUGCAGGGACUGAAAGUCCCCACGUUCAAGGUGCACAUGCAUGAAAACCUGUACUUUACCAACAGGAAGGUGAACUCUGUGUGCUGGGCUUCACUCAAUCACUUGGAUUCCCACAUUCUGCUGUGCCUCAUGGGCCUUGCAGGGACACCAGGCUGUGCCACUCUGCUCCCAGCAUCGCUCUUUGCCAGUAAUCACCAAGCAGGUACUGACCGGCCUGGAAUGCUCUGCAGUUUCCGGAUCCCUGGUGCCUGGUCCUGUGCCUGGUCCCUAAACGUCCAGGCAAGUAACUGCUUCAGUACAGGUUUGUCUCGGAGGGUCCUGCUGACCAACGUGGUGACAGGACACCGGCAGUCAUAUGGGACCAACACUGAUGUCUUGGCCCAGCAGUUUGUUGUCUCGACUCCUUUGCUGUUUAAUGGUUGUCGUUCUGGGGAGAUCUUUGCCAUUGACUUGCGUUCUCCAAGUCAAGGCAGGAGCUGGAAGGCCACCCGUCUGUUUCACCACACAGCAGUGACCUCUGUGCGGAUCCUCCAGGAAGAGCACUACGUGAUGGCCUCAGACAUGGCUGGAAAGAUCAAGCUGUGGGACUUGAGGACAAUUCAGUGUGUGAGACAGUAUGAAGGUCAUGUGAAUGAAUACGCCUACUUGCCCCUGCAUGUGCAUGAGGAGGAAGGAAUCCUGGUGGCAGUGGGCCAGGAUUGCUACACAAGAAUCUGGAGCCUCCAUGAUACCCACCUGCUCAGAACCAUACCUUCACCAUACCCUACCUCCAAAGCCGACAUUCCCAGUGUGGCCUUCUCCUCUCGGCUUGGGGGCCUCCGAGGAGCUCCAGGGUUGCUCAUGGCUGUCCGGCAGGACCUUUACUGUUUCUCUUACAGCUAGUUUUGUAUAGGCUAUCUGGAGGAGGGGGUGGGAGCUUAUUUCAGUUUUAAGUGGUACUUGAUAAAUAGGCUGCUGGGGACAGAGUGCAAAGAGGUUUACCUGAAAUAACUGCAAUAAAGUUGAUGCAGUUGUGUGCUCAGAGCUUGGAAGUCCUUUUCAUAAAAGGUACUUCCUUUUCCUAUUGAGUUCCUUAGACAUUUUUCUCCUUGAUUAACAAACCACGCUGUCUUCUAUGGGGUGAAAGUGGCAAAAACUAAACUAAAGCUGCUGCUUUCACCAGGCAAAGCCAAACAGUGAAAUCAUGUGAGUGCUCAGUGCUGCAACCCCAGGGCCUGCCUCUGUCCUGGAGAAAGGUAGCUGGGCUGUAGAGGAAAAGGCAUGGUCUUGAAUUUAUCAAGCUUGGCCUUCUUAGACACUACCAGUGGACUUCUGGGAUUCUCCUUCUGUUACUGUGCACAGGCCUUUCUUUAGGGUAAGGGACAGAAACUGUUCUGUUACAGUAACCUGAGUGUCAGUUUCAUGUCAGUUCUAAAGGCCCAAGGUCAAAAACUUGGCUUUGGUUUUUUGUAAUUUUGGAGCUAGUUUAUGUAAUAUUUAUAUAAAGUAUUAAAAGUCUUUUUUGGGGGGGCUGGAGAGAUGGCUCAGCGGUUAAGAACACUGGGUGUUCUUGUAGAAGACCCAGGUUCGAAUCCCAGCACCCACAUGGCAGCUAACAACUGUCGAUAACUCUAGUCCCAGGGGAUCCGACAGCCUCUUCUGACCUCCACGGGCAUUGCACGACACGGGUGCACUUACCUACAUGCAGGCAAUAUGCGCAUACACAUAAAAUUUAAAAAAGUCUUCUUUCUACCAACUAAAUAAAGCAGAAAGAACCAUUGUGUAGCAUGUUGA